GGAAGUGCGGGCCGCCGCCGGGCCGCCGCCAUGGCGCCGCUCUUGGCCUACGAGAGCCAGCAGGUCCUGGAGCUCUUCCACAGCGACGGCCUCCUCGUCGGCGCCCGCGGCCUCGGCGUCGACCGCCUGCUCGGACAUUUCCUCCGGCUCCACUGCCACCCCGCCUGCCUCGUCCUCGUCCUCAACACCGGGCCCGCCGAGGAGGAGUUUUUCAUAAGUCAACUAAAGUUAGAAGAAGUCGAACACCUUCCUCGGCGUGUGACAAAUGAAAUUUCAACUAGCAGCCGAUACGAUGUUUACAUGCAAGGUGGUGUCAUAUUUGCAACAAGUCGAAUCCUUGUGGUGGAUUUCCUCACCAAUAGGAUCCCUUCAGACUUAAUUACGGGCAUUUUGGUGUACAAAGCUCACAGAAUAGUUGAAUCUUGUCAGGAAGCCUUUAUCUUGCGUCUCUUUCGCCAAAAGAACAAGCACGGUUUCAUUAAAGCUUUCACAGACAACGCGGUUUCUUUUAACACUGGCUUUUGCCAUGUGGAAAGAGUAAUGAGAAAUCUCUUUGUUAGGAAACUGUACCUGUGGCCUAGGUUUCAUGUCGCAGUUAAUUCAUUUUUAGAAAAACACAAGCCCGAAGUCAUAGAAAUCCAUGUUGCUAUGACUCCUGCCAUGCUCGCUAUCCAGAGUGCUAUAUUGGACAUUAUAAAUGCAUGUCUAAAGGAGCUGAAGUGCUACAAUCCAUCUCUUGAAGUAGAAGAUUUAACUUUAGAAAAUGCUAUUGGAAAAUCAUUUGACAAGACGAUCCGUCACUAUUUAGAUCCUCUAUGGCAUCAGCUUGGGGCAAAGACUAAGUCUUUGGUUCAGGAUCUGAAGAUUCUACGUACUCUGCUACAAUAUCUCUCUCAGUAUGACUGUGUUACAUUUCUCAAUCUCCUGGAGUCAUUGAGAACAACCGAAAAGACAUUUGGCCAGAAUUCAGGGUGGUUGUUUCUCGACUCCAGUACUUCCAUGUUUGUGAAUGCGCGAGCAAGAGUUUAUCGGAAUCCAGAUGUCAAAACAAAUAAGAAACACAAAACUUCAGAAAAUAUGGAGAAAAAGGAGGACCAAGAAAUGAAAAGAGAGCUGGUCCUAGAAAGCAACCCUAAAUGGGAAGCCCUAACUGAAGUACUGAAAGAAAUUGAAAUAGAGAACAAGAACAGUGAGGCUCUCGGCGGCCCAGGGCAAAUACUUAUUUGUGCAAGUGACGACCGAACAUGUGCACAGCUUAGAGAAUAUAUUGCGGUUGGAGCGGAAGCCUUUUUAAUGAGGCUCUUUAAGAAAACCUUUGGGAAAGAUGACAAAGCUGGAGAGGUGUGGUUGAAGCUCAGAAAAGAGGUCGAUCCCAAGGCAAAUGCCAAAACUGGUAAAGGAUCUAAAGCCCCAAAAGCCAAAGCGAAACUAUCCGCCAAACAAACGAAAACACAAGAUUUGACCUUAACUCAAAUGCUAGAAAAACCUGAGGAGGAAGAGGUUGGUGAAGUGGAGGACCGUAAAGAAACAAGCAGUCAAGAAAGCUGCCUCGAGGAAACAAAACCUGAAGAUUUUGAUUUGAACCUGUCCUCUAAUGCCGCGUAUGGCAUCCUCAAAGAACCUCUAACCGUCAUUCAUCCACUUCUGGGGUGUAGUGACCCUUAUGCUCUCACAAGGGUGCUGCAUGAGGUGGAGCCGAGAUAUGUCGUGUUGUAUGACGCGGAACUAACGUUUGUUCGUCAGCUUGAAAUUUACAAGGCAAGUAGGCCUGGGAAACCUCUGAGGGUUUAUUUUCUUAUCUACGGAGGUUCCGCUGAAGAACAAUGCUACCUCACUGCUUUGAGAAAAGAAAAGGAAGCUUUUGAGAAACUCAUUCGAGAGAAGGCCAGUAUGGUUAUACCUGAGGAAAGGGAAGGCAGAGAUGAUACCAACUUGGAUCUAAUAAGAGAUGCUGCUCCUGCCCAUGCUUGCACUGACACUCGAAAAGCAGGUGGCCAAGAGCAGAUCAAAGAGCACCAAAGCAUAAUCGUGGAUAUGCGUGAAUUUCGUAGCGAACUUCCAUCCCUGAUUCACCGCCGUGGCAUUGACAUUGAGCCAGUUACUUUAGAAGUCGGAGAUUACAUCCUGACUCCAGAUAUCUGCGUGGAACGGAAAAGUAUCAGCGAUCUGAUCGGGUCCUUAAAUAACGGCCGCCUUUACACUCAGUGCAUCUCUAUGUCUCGCUAUUAUAAGCGGCCGGUCCUUCUGAUUGAGUUCGACCCAAGUAAACCUUUCUCCCUCACUUCCCGGGGCUCUCUGCAUCAAGAGAUCUCGAGUAACGAUAUUAGUUCCAAACUCACCCUUCUCACUCUUCAUUUCCCAAGACUGCGUUUGCUCUGGUGCCCGUCCCCUCACGCGACUGCGGAGUUAUUUGAAGAACUGAAAGAGAACAAGCCUCAGCCUGACGCCACCGCCGCGAUGGCCAUCACGGCAGAUUCCGAAACCCUGCCCGAGUCCGAUAAGUACAAUCCCGGACCCCAAGACUUCUUACUAAAAAUGCCAGGGGUGAACGCUAAAAACUGUCGCUCCCUGAUGAACCAGGUGAAAAGCAUCGCAGAACUGGCAACCCUGUCACAGGACAGGCUCGCGGACAUCCUCGGGAACGCUGCUAACGCCAAGCAGCUUUAUGACUUCAUUCACGUGUCCUACGAAAAAGUUAUGUCUCAGGGAAAAGGCAAAAAGUGAAACUGAGUGAAAGCUAUGUAUUUUUAUAUCAUUAAUAUAUAUAUAUAUGAUAUUACAUGGGUAAUAUAUUACAUGAUAUUACAUGGGCUUUACAUGAGUCUUGGUUUUCCAGCCCGGGGACUGUCACGCUAGUGAUUCUGGCCCCUUAUUUUUUGUCCGUCGUUUUUAAUGAUUAUCUGCCUUCACUGUUGGAACUGAAGUCGAUUUUCUCUUUGAACUUUGUAUCGGUGCAUCAAUUGAAAAAUUUCUAUCUACCCCCCAAGCUAUCUAUAUCAAGUUUCACGGGUUCAAUUUUAAAUGAAGUGUGCCAAAAGAAUCCAGUUAAAGACCCUUCUUAAUUGUUUCUGGAUGAAAAGCAUUUUUAAACAAAUGGAAACUUGGCUCUUGUUCCUCGCUUUUUCUUAAACGCACAAUAAAAUGUAUUCACUUUCUGGAUCAACAGAACACAUGUGCCAUGAAUUUUAACUUGGAGCAUAUAAAAAUCAUUGUUUUUAUUAA